AUGUCCGGACCUCCUACAAUGUCGCAGCUGCUCAAGCGGGCGGGGCUGGCGAAACGCCCUCGGCCUGCAGGCCGUGGUGUAGACGCGACGCCGAGCACCGCAAGCCAGUCCAAGAGAAAGCGACCAAGGGUGGACGGCGGCGGCAGCAGACAACACUCGAGCGAGGAAGAGGAGGAGGAGGAGGAGGAAGGAGAAGGGGGGGGUAGAAGCGAGAACGGCACUUCUGCCAAAGAUGUCGCCGUGGACGACCAAAUCGCGGCGCUUGAGCGCGAGCUCAAAGGCGCCAACGAUAGCAGUAGCGACGCGGAGAGCUCUAGCAGCGACGAUGAUAGCGCCGGCAGCAAGGAGGACAGAGGAGCCGGCCGAGAGCGCGGGCGAGUAGCAAAGCUCGUAUCUCCUCUCGAAGUCGAGAAGAUCGAGCCCCUGCCCGCGCAUCUCUUGCCGCGCCCGGGGUGCGGCGUGCACAAGGACAAGAAGAAGAAGAAGAAGAAGCCUAGUGCUGCUGUUGGUACUACGGCGCUACCAGGACCGUCGCAAGGGCUUGAUAGCGCCGUGAAGGAGCUUCUGGCAAACUACGAGGCCCGAUCUUCCGAGCGGGUCCCGUUCUACUGCAGAGUGUGCAAGUUCCAGGGAGAUAGCUUGGAGGCGCUUGAGAAGCACAAGGAAGAACCGCUGCACGUGGAGGCCGCUAAGAAGGAGCGGAAGAUUUGCAAGUGCUUGCUCUGCAAGAAGCAGUUCACCAGCCCACCCCAGCUGCAGGAACACCUGGCAGGGAAAGCUCACUUGGAAAAGCUCCAGUCGACCAUGUCGCGCCAAGGAAAGUGGGUUCCCGGUGGCUGGGGAGGACCAGGAUCAGAGAGAUCGGCGAACGGAUAUUCUGGUCGAGAAAACGGGGGCGGUCGCUGGCGAGGGAGCGAUGCACGCGGGUGGGCGGCGGGCCGUGGGAGGGGAAGGGACGGAGGGAGAGGAGGGAGGGAUGGCGGCGGCCGUGGGCGGGGGGAUCCGAGUCGCGGCCGGGGUGGGCGGGGGCGGGGACCGGGAAGAGGAUACGAAAAAUAUCGAUGA